AUGUUGAAGGGUGAAGGGAAAAAGGUGGAUCGCGGGGGAGCUUCAGGUUUAGCAGGGACUUUACCACCUGAGGUAUUGAUUCAUAUAUUCCAUCAACUCCCCUCACAAGCCGAUCUCGCAGCUGCCAUGUUAGUAUCCCGCACAUGGUGCAUCACAGCUUUCCCACUCUUAUGGCUCAAACCCAAUUUCAGAGAUAGUGAACAAAUAAUCUCUGUAGCCCGCGUCAUUUCUUCCCCUAAUCCUAUGCUUCCUUACGCCAAGGCAAUCCGUCGACUCAAUCUCAGUUUAGUCAGAGAUAGUGUGGUGGACGAAGUAGCGGUAGCUUUUGAGAAAUGCGAAAGAGUCGAACGUCUUUAUCUCAUGCGAGCGGAUCAUAUCAGUUCUUGGUCUUUGAGACGGAUGAUCAGGGGUAUGCGCAUGUUGGUUUCAGUGGAUUUCACGGAUACGUGUCAAGUAAACGAUCAAGUUUUACACGAUUUAGGAAAAUAUUGUCCUGUUUUACAAGGAAUCAACUUGACGGGAUGUAGGACCAUGACGGAUUUAGGUCUUGGGAGUUUUGCUAGACGAGCACGUAAUUUGAAAAGAUUCCGAGUUCCGAGUUGUUUGAGAAUUACAGAUGAUUCCCUCGUACCUGUCAUCAAUUUUAACCCUCAUUUACUCGAAGUCGAUCUUUCCGACGUUGAACAGCUUGGAAACGUCUCCGUCUACGCUCUCUUCAUCAAUUGUCCUUACCUUCGAGAUGUUAGACUCAAAGGAAACGCUCUCAUCACAGACGUAGCAUUUCCAAAUCUUCCAGAAUUACUCUCGAAUCUCGAUUAUCUUCGAGCGGUCGAUCUAUCCGGUUGUAUACAUCUAGGCGACGAUGCUGUCAAGAAUUUAGUCGCGUCUGCUCCGAGGAUCCGCAAUCUGACCUUGUCGAAAUGUACAAACCUGACAGAUGCGGCAGUGGAGAGUAUAUGCAAUUUGGGACGUAAUCUUCAUCAUCUUCAAUUGGGGCAUUGCAAUCAAAUCACAGAUGAGGCCAUGGGUAAACUCGCCCGAGCAUGUUCACGGUUGAGAUACAUCGAUUUGGCAUGUUGUUCUUCUUUGACCGAUUUGAGCGUUUCUGAACUCGCCACCAAUCUUCUUAAGCUUAGAAGGAUCGGUCUGGUCAAGGUUACCAACUUGACCGAUGCGGCGGUAUACGCUUUGGUGGAAAGACACGAGACUCUGGAGAGGGUACAUUUGUCCCAUUGCUCAAAUUUGAGCGUAGAGGCAAUCACAGUGUUGCUCAAUUGUGUACCGGGUUUGAUACAUCUCAGUUUGACAGGAGUGGACGCUUUCAAAUCAAAGCAUUUACAACAAUUUUGUCGACCAACACCAGAAGAAUUCAACGAACAACAAUCCGCCUCUUUCUGCGUUUACUCAGGUCAUGGAAUCUCCGCCUUGCGAUCUUAUUUAAAUAGUCAACAAGCUCAAGCACUUCAUUCUCAUCGCUCCUCUAUUGAAAGACGUGACUCUGAUUCUUCCAUUUCUUCCCUCACACCUAGAGCUUCCCCUCCACCAUAUAUGAACGACAGUUUAGAUCGACUUGAUGGUCUGUACAUUUCUCAUACUUCUCCUCGAGGAAUGGGGGUAGUCGGAGGACUGACGGAUUCACAAGAAGAGAGAUACGUUUGGAUACCUGACCAUGCUCGGAGACGCAGUUGGGAUUUUACUAGGGAUUAUGGACGGGGACGGAGGGAUGGGGAUGGAAGUGGAGGAGAAGGGCAAUCGAGUUCGAGAUGGUCAAGAGGUCAUAUGAACUUGGACGAAAUGGAUGGGUGA